GCAACGACACACCUUGUGGUUGUUGUCAAUUCUCCCCUAGCUAGCCAGAACAAGUUAAGAGCUAUCAUGUAGUUUAAUACUUAUAAUACUUAGCUACACAACAAUAACGAAAACGUCAAAAUGUCGGAUAUAUUAUGCAGGUGGCUAAACGUAGAGCUCCGGCUAUCAAAAACCGUUGACCCCAGGUCCAUCUCUAAAGAUUUUGCAAAUGGCUAUCUUAUUGGAGAGGUCCUGCAUAAAUAUCAACUGCAGGGGGAUUUUGACCUGUUCUUAAAGAGCAACACUGCAAACUCAAAGCUGAAUAACUUCACACUCAUGGAACCCACAUUGCAACUGCUCGGAGUUUCCUUCGACCUGAGCAUGGCCCAAGCAGUGAUGCGGGAGCAGCACGGUGCUGCCACGCGGCUGCUUUAUCAGCUCUUCAUACUGCUGCAGAAGAAGAGGAAAGCCGGCCUGACAGGCACAGCUAUGGAGGCUAUGCAGCCAGCUGCCACAGCUUGCCUCCACCGUGUGGAGAAUGACAUCUACUCUGAGCGCCUGAGGACAGUCGUCAAGAGAGAGGCUGAUCUGAAACUCCAAAAAAUCGCUCUGAAGUACGAAAUGAAAGGUCGAGAGAUAUAUGACAAGUCUGUCAUGGCCCACUUUGUGGAGGAGCAGAAACGGCAGAAAGUGCAGGAAGAGAUGAGACUCCAGGACAUUGAAAAGCACCGACAUGUACGCAGAAAGCAGCAUGAGAUGAUGACUCGAAUUCAGACUGCCAUCAUCCAAAUUCCCAAACCCCCGCCCAACCGGACAUUAAAGGCCCUGGAAAAACAACAACAGAACCGGAAGCAGCAGGAGGCUCAGAAGGUUCACAUGGAAAUCGCCCAGUUUGAGAAGAACAGGAAGAAGUUGUCACCUGCUGGCGCCUUUGGCACCUCUUCUUUGAGUGCCCAGCAGAUGUCCUCUUUCCACAGUGAGGCCCCCAGAAGCCAUGGCUCCCAGUUGCAGAGGCCUGAGGAGCUGGCUCAGGCCAACAGCGAGUACAUCCAGAAAAUCCGCCAGAGGCUGGAGGAGGAUGCAGCAGCUCGUCAGCAGAGGGAGAAACGCCGCCGCCGCGUCUUAGUGGAACAACUGAAAGCCCACGAGGCCCAAGAGGAGGCCCUUCGAGAGGAGCAGCUGGUGGAGCGUCUGACCCGUCAGUCCCAGCUGGAGAGACGCCUGGCCGUCCAGCUCAUGCAGCUCCGCCAGCAGAAGGACGUUCUCCGACAGAACCGAGUGUUCCGCGAGAGACAGUACCAAGAGCAAAGGCUGAGGGAUUUCCAAGAGGCCUUGGAGAGGGAGGCGGCUCUAGCACGCCAGGCCAGUUUGGAUCACGCCGAGGAAACUCGGAAGGAGAUUGAGGUACAUGACAGGAUAGCGACGGAGCGCGCCCAGGCUCGCUACAAGAAGCACUCUGACAGCUGCCGAGAAAUACUGGAGCAGAUAGUGGACCUGGCCACGAAAGCUGGAGAGUACCGCCUCCUCACUGGAAAUCUUAUCCCUGGGAAGUUGAUGCGGGAAUGGAAGGAGCUCAUGUUUUGCGGGAAGCUCCUGUAUGACAGUGGCAGUCUGGAGGAGCUACCUGCCGACCCCACCCCAGAGCAGUUCAUUGAGGUUGAGAAACAGGAGAUCCUUAACAACCAGGACUAUGAUGAGUAUAUGAGCAUGACUGGUGAGUGGACCUGGCCAGAGGAGGGGGAGACAAAGCCCCCCCCAUCCAACAACAAUAUCCUGGGACAUGUGGUGCUCCGCCUGCAGACUAUUGUGAACCCCCCCAAACCAGACACCCUUCCUCCCUCCUUCCCUCGGUUCACACUGAAAGCCUGUGUGCUGGGGAAGCUUUUCUCCGGGAAGACCACAUGCUUAACCAGGAUUUACAAAGCCCAUCACAUCCACAUCCUGUCAGCUAAUGUUCUGAUCCAGGAGGCCCUGGCUGCACAUCAGCUUGGAAAGCUUGGACGUGAGAGCCCAGAGAGCUGUGAAACAUUGCCCGCUAAAGACAUCGACCAGGUGGAGACGGAUACUGAGAUGGAGGAGGAGUCGUCACAGGAUUCAGGUCCACUCGCUCAGGAGCCUCAGCAGCAAGGAGCUAAGAAAAAACCCAAGCUCUCUGUGAGGGCCCAGCAUGGAGCAGCAGUGGAAAAGUUUCUCAGAAAAGGGAAAUCCGUCCCAGACGAGCUGCUUGUGGACAUUGUAGUCGAAGCUAUCAGGGCAAUCCCAGCAGACUCAGGCUGGAUUCUGGAUGGCUUCCCGGUCGAUCUGACCCAGGCCAAGCUUCUGGAGAAGGCCCUGGGGGGCUCGGACACAGGGAAGGAGAAGAAGAGGAGGAACAAGCGGUCCAACCUGUCUGUGGAUAGCAACGCGCCUAAGGAGGCCCCUCCUCCCUCUCCUGUGCUGGACCUAGCUCUGCUGCUUGACGUGUCUGAUGACCACGUUUUGGACAGGGCGGCCAAGCAGGCCUAUGAGGAGGAGAGCUCUGGCCCGGCUGGGGCUGGUGAGGAGUGCUGUGCCCCAGGUAGAGAGCACAAUGUUGUCAUCGCCAGGGACAAGAGCCUGGAGAAGAGACAGAUCCAGCACAGGAUCACAGCCUUCCAGGAUACCUGGCCCAAGCUGGAGAAGUGGUUCUCUGGUAAACAGAACAUUCUGAUGAGACUGAAUGCUGAGAUGUCGGAGGACAUGCUCUUUAGAAAAGUGGAAUCCAUCCUGUACCAGGCCAUGAUGCAGUCAGAAAAAGGUGAGGAAGUUGUUUUGGACAGUGGGAAGGCACCAGCGGUCUCAACUGCUCUCGUCCAGGUAACUCCGGUUGCAGUCCCAGCUCCCACUGAGUCCACCUCCACCCUCACCCAGGAGGGCCUGACUCCAGCUGUGAAAUGCUCCAGCUCCAAGUCCAACUCUCGUUCCCCCAAAGGUUCACAGAGCAACGUCGAGAAGAACACAUCCGAAGGGAAAGAUGUCCAUCGUAAGCUGUCCAAGUCUGGAUCAGGAGGAGCUGUGGGGCGUUCUAGGAAGUUGUCCAUAGCCUCCUAUGAGAAUUCCCAUGGUGGGAACACCAGUCCUACAGAGCCCCUUGAUCCCACCCCUGGAACUGCACACUGGGUGUACGUGGACGAGCCCCUUCCCAAGGAGAUACCAGAGUACCUGGUUCCAUACUGGGAGAAUGUGUGUAACUCCUAUGUGACUAACGUCAAGGCCGUGAUGCAGAACCUCCGCAGAGAACGCAUCUUGAUCAUUCACCAUCUGUUUAACAUCAGAGAGGAGUUUAAGCAGUACCUCCGACGGCCCGACCUGAAGCAAGAGUUCGUGUCCCAGUGGCAGCAGAACUAUAACAGCAUCCCCAAGGACAUGAGAGAUGAUGAGGAGACCAAGGCAGAGCUGCACCAGCGUCUGGAUGACCUGCGCGAGCGUCUGUGGGACAUCUGUGAUAAGCGUAAGGAAGAAGCGGGGCAGGAGCGGGCGGCGAUCAUGUGCGACGGCUGGCUGGAAGACCACACGGCUGUGCUCAUCAACCAUUUCUCCACACUAAUGCAGGUGGAAGUGGACCGAUUCCAGGACUCUUUACGUCUCCUGCGGGAUUACUACACAGGCAUGUACAAACAGGUGCUGUCUGAGGCGGGGCCUGAAUUCACCUGUAUACCACUGCUAGACAUCGUGGCGCUGGAGGAGCCAGGAACCCAGACAGACAAAUCCAAGAGUUCUGAAAGAGUCACCAAGAGUGCUGGUAAAAGAGACUCUGAAGGAGAUGAGAAGAAGAAAACCAAAGUUGUUCCACUGAUUCCCCGGAGACCUCCCUCUACUGAAGUGGCCUCUAUGAAACAGAAAGGCUUCCAGGACCCUGACGAGAAGCUGCUGCAUGACAUCUAUCAGACUGCUCUGACAGCCAUCAACAACAUGGUGUCAGUGGAGGCGGCGCAGCGCGAGGCAGAGGAGAAUGAGGAGGCUCAGCAGCAGAUGGAUAGAGAACGGCUACAGAGAAUGUCCCAAGCUUCCGCCUGCGCCGCCGCCGCAGCCAACUCUGGCAAGGACAAGAAGAAAGCUGGAACCAAGAAGAAAGGCCCCCCCUCCCCUGCUCAGGAGCCCAGCCCACCCCCUGCCCCAGAGGAAGAUUCAGAGGAGGUCUGCAAGAGGGUCAUACGGAACAAAAUCAGACAAGAGUAUGCUGCAGCCCUCGACCAUGAAGACAGUGCAGUGAAGGUGCGUAUGGAACUGGUCAAGGCAUGUGCUCUGUGCAUGGUGAGGGUUCUGCACAGACAGGCAGAGCAGGCCUUCAGGACCAUGGAGGAGUGGCUGGGAGCCCGCUUCCUGUCUGAGAUGAACAGCAUUGACCAGCUGGCUGAGGUGGUGCGUCACCACAUCGAGUCGGCCGCCAAGCUCCAGAGUGAGCUGAUGCUAGUAUGCACCGACUUCUUCCUGAACGGGGACAUGCGGGUUGUUGUCAGCCCCCCUCCCCCUCCCCGCCCCGCCCCUUUGGAGCUCCCCACAGACAGCACUCUCACCAUCCUGCAGUUGGAGGCCUUCUACCGCCAGCUAUGCAAGGUGGCGCCCACAGGUGUGCAGUGCAGUACUGACUUCUGGGAGAUCCUGCAGGAGCUCACCUCUCUGAACAUGGGGACCAACGCUCUGCCAGACCCCUGGAUGCACAUCUCAGAGUCUCAGCUGGUGGAGCUGGUGUCGAUGCUAACCCAGAACACAGAGAUGCUGGACUGGCGUCAGUUCCUUCUGAGUGCCGCCCUCCCCUGGCCCACCCCCACUCUGCCUCAGCUGCUGCAAGUGUUGGCCCGUUUCAAGAUGGCGGACGCUGGGGCCACAGGGUCUUUGACUGAGGAGCAGUACUUAAAGGUUGAGUUGUGGUUCCCCAGUGAGCGGACACUGUCCAUUCCCGAAGACCUGUCUGAGCCACUUCCUUACGAUCGCUUGGCUAAUCUACGGAAGUUUUUCUUUCUGCUUUUCUCCGACCCCAAUUGCUCGCCAGCUCGUGUCGACUACGUGACCAUGCUGCUGUACUUCGCCGCCCACCCUGACCCUAUGCAGGGCUUUGUCCGAGCUCUCAGUGUCGUCAUGGGACAGCCACUUCGACACCACUCUAGCAGUAGACUUCUCAAGUCGGUGCCUUACAUGGAGGAGGGGCUGAGUGAGUCGACCGAGCUAGAGGAGGAGGUGGAGACUCAGGGGGGGCCAAGAGGGGAGGAGGGGGUGUCCAUCCCUGCCCUCCUCAGAGCUAUCUGUCACGGGGGAGCCUGGGGGGCAUGCCACAACCGCUUCCAUCCCAACUGGAAGAGUCCUGAUGAAUAUAAAGAGGACUUUGUGAAGGUCUACAGAGAACUGGGGUACAAGGUUGAGGACAAGAUUCCAUUCUCCAUCCUAUCCCAGCAUCCGGUCAUACAAGAUCUGAUCGAGGGCUCCUCUCAAUACCAACUCAUUGAUAUUCACCGAGCUCUGCAGGUCCAACAGAGCGAAGGGGAGCCUCUGUCUUUGAUGGUGUCUUAAGAUAAAUAUACCUCAUUUAUCACGCAGUUAACUCUCACAAGCUAACCUGAGAUUCCCAUCCACUUAGAAAUGCAGUUGACUUAAAAUAAUUCAGCAAAUUAUACAGUGCAUUAUAAAGUAAAAUAAUUUGAAUUAAUUAUUUCAAAAUGUUAACCUUCAGUUUAUGAAUUACAUGCCUCUUUCAUUGUCAACAAACUAUUCAGCUGUCAACUAUUAGAUUUAAAUAUGUGGCUAAACCUAACCCUAGCAGCCUAAGUUAACCCUAAACCUAACCCUAGCAGUCUAAGUUAACCCUAACCCUAGCAGUCUAAGUUAACCCUAAACCUAACCCUAGCAGUCUAAGUUAACCCUAAACC